AUGCAAAGAACGAUGACGAUGAAACAUCAGAGCCAGAGACCAUGGGAUGCUCUACCGAGCACAGCCCUGCUCAAUAUAUUCUGCAAAACCUCCAUAAAAGAUCGAUUUGACAAUAUCCCAUUUGUUUGCAAAUCAUGGGCUCAUGCCUCUGCUCACCCUCACUGCUGGGCUUCCAUGAUCGCCGAACCAGAAUCGGACUCUUUUGAGCGCCGAUCCCCAACGUGGCGUGAUCUGCCUGCAAGCGCUGAUUGGAAGGCUGGAGGCGGUGCCUCCGUCAAUUCGCUGUAUUUCUUUCCUUUUCUCGCUUCUGUUGUCAGUCCUCCUAACGAUGAUGAGCUUCUUCGGCUCAUAGCUAGACACUGCCCAAACUUGAAGCACAUCUCCUUUCAUGGAUCUUUCGAUGCCUCCAAGGAAGCGAUAUUUGAUGUUUUUCGCAGCUGUCGAGAAUUGGAGCUUAUUGACUUCUCCAACACCCCAUAUUUCAAUACUUCGAUUUUGCAAGCAUUGAGUUGCUGCUGUCCUAAAAUUAGAGGGAUUAGAAGGCAGGGUUUUCUUGAAACAAACUUUGCUUAUGAUCUGUCUAAAUGGUUUCCAAGAUUGAGGCUUUUGAAUCUGUCCCAUUCAACCAUUGUUGAUUUAGACAUGUUUACUAUUGUUACCAAAUGCAAGGAACUUACGUAUCUUGAUGUUACAGGCUGCCAGCAAUUGAUUCGUUACAUGGACAUUGUGAAGAUGGCUUCAAAAAGGAUACCGAAAAUCCUGUACGAUUGA